AUGGCAACAAACGAUGCAUACCCCAUAUCUUCAAAUUCACGAACAAAAUUGAACGCUUUUCGCUUCCAAGAAGGGGAAACACCCGACGACACUUGGAAAGACGAGACGAAAUCAGUUAAUGGGAGCAAAGAACACAAAAGUUCGGGCUCCAACGGCGCAGCAGGUGUGAUGCAGGCAUCAUCUGACAAAGGAUGCCCUCCGCCUUGCGAAGCACAAACAACGGAACCCCCAGUACAAGAAUCAAAGCCGAUUAAAGAAUGCCCUCAGACGCCGGGAAACAGGAUACCUCUAGCGGACUUGAUCAGCAACGCUGAGGAUUCGUUUGAUCCCGCGCCAGGCCCGGAGGUGACCCCUGUCGAGCACGUCAUCUGGCAGCAUGUGCCUGCCAGCUCCAAUCCAGACACCUCGUCCCAGACACCAGCGGGUCGUCGCAGGAAGCGCCGGCACAGUUCUUCGCCUGCUGGCUCUCCAUCAAACGGGAAUAAGAAAAAGGCGCAAAAAGAAGCCCUUGACCUUCAUUCAAUACAAGCCCUCUUCAAGACACCGCAGCAUGAUAUGGCUGCUGAAUUGUGGAACAACUACAUGGAUAAAAACAUGGUUGAUGGCCCGGAUGAUCUUCCACCGCCGCGGCUCGCAAAUCUUCUUUCCUCCUCACCCCAGACACCAGGUUCCGGUAGAACAAGUCGAGACUCCUCGGGGCUGAGACGUGCGAUUAGCUGCACCACCGAUUUCCCCACCUCUCGGACAAAACGACGACGAGUCAAUAGACUAGACUCUGGUCCCAAUCGCGGCAUGUUUCAACGAACUAGCAGCAAUGUGGAAUCUGGGAAGCCUAAGUCCUCAAGGGUCAACUAUCUUAUGGAGAAGAUUGAGAAAAGUAUACACAUGGCCCCUGCCGAUGCGGGUCCACCUGGAUCGUCGCCUCUACGCCAACAUAUGGAUGCGCGACGGUGUCGAUCGUCUUCACCCACGAAGGAGCAUAGGCUUCAUGAAGCUGACGAAGAAACCGCCGGAUCCCCAUCUGCACCGCUUGAGAAAGUAAGACCUGGGGAACUGCCUGUUCUGCAAGAGUCAUCCUCCGAGUUCGGAGACGAUGAUCUUGAUCAAGAUCUAAUAGACCUAGCUGAUGCCUCAGAGGAUCCUUUCAUUGAGCUGACACAUACAUCUAAUGAGUUUGCUUCUCUGGGGUCUUCUAGCUGGACUGCCCUUGCCGCAGAAAAGUCUCGUUCAUGGCGGCCCAAAGAAAAUUCAACACUCGACAGCAAACCUCCUAUACCUCAUAACGCUACUAUUAACGAACCAAAACGUGAUGAAUUCGAUGAAUUCGAAGAUGAAUAUGAUGAUCUUCCCGACAAUUUGCAGGAAAUACUUGCAAAAUGCGACGCAAAGCCCGCUCAGGUCAAUCCAUUAAAGCCAACUACCACUAGACCAUCUUUACAGAGGUCAAGUGCAAUGAGUGCCCCGGUAAAUGGCAGUAUGCAUAGCAAACCCCCAACCGAUGCACCUGUCAAAGCUGAGGUGGUGUCAUCGGAUGAUGAGUUUGAUGAUGAUUUUGAUCUGGAGGCCAUUGAGCAAACUAUGAAGCAAGCAGGUGAAGGAGGACCGGCCUAUAACCUAAAAGGUCGACAAGCGAUCAAACGUUACCAAAUCGUUGACAUCACGAAGAGCACAUAUGUUACUGCGAAAGGACGUACUCAGCCAGAGCAGGGUUUGCUAGUUGAAGACGAGAAAACCCGAGACCGCAAGGUUAUCAUCUUGCGAGAGUCAUGGUUUGACACCCCCUGCAGCAAGGACUCGUAUAUCCACCUGGUCGGAGACUUCAAUGCAGCCGGCCAAUGCGUUGUGGAUAAUUCGAACCACAUGAUCAUUCUUCACCCCGACCAUCUCAUUUCUGCUACGGUCGUAGCAGACUCGAUAGACUGCCAGCGACGAGCCGUCCUUCAAGAUCGAGUCAAAGUCAUUGGCGCACUCGAGCGACCGCAAGCCUUCGGAGUCUUUUUCCACGAAGUUUUCCAAGAAGCCCUCAAAGCGAACCAAUGGGAUAUGGAGUCGUUGAAGACACUGGUCGAAGCCGUCAUGGGCAGACACAUUGAAGAGCUGUACUCGAUUCAAAUGAGUAUCCCUGAAGCUGUUGAAUAUCUCAUGAGCAGGAUGCCUGCUGUUCUGGACUGGGCAGAUGCUUUCCUGCAUCUCAAACCACAGGCCAAGUCUAUGGUUGAAGACCGCAACAGUUCUAAGCUUAACUUGAGUAUCAACAAACUGCUUGAGGUAGAGGAACACAUCUGGUCCCCAAUGUAUGGCCUCAAAGGCAACAUUGAUGCGACAGUACAAGUCACUUGUCGCGAAGAUAAAAUGGAGAAAAACCUAGUGGUUCCGCUGGAGCUCAAGACUGGACGAAGGGAUACAAACCAGUCACAUAGGGCCCAAACAGCCCUUUACACUCUACUUCUGUCGGAUCGCUACGAUAUCGACGUCACAUUUGGGCUUCUCUACUACCUCGAGUUAACAAAAACUCUCAGUAUCCGUGGUAUCCGACACGAACUGCUUCAGAUGAUUCAGGUGCGCAAUCACCUUGCUGGCUAUAUUCGCGAAAGGCAGCAACUUCCACCGAUGUUGAAGAAAGCUCGUCAGUGUAUUCGAUGCUAUGCCAAGACGCCUUGCCUCAUUUAUCACAAGCUCUCCGAGGAUGGCGAUGGCGAGACCAGCGCACUUGGCGAGGAUUUUGAUGCAGCUGUCGGUCAUCUGAACGACGGUGAUCGGGACUUCUUUCGUAAGUGGGAUGAACUUCUGACCAAAGAAGAAGGAAAUCUCGUGAAGUUCCGGCGAGAACUUUGGACAUUGCUGAGCAGCGAGCGAGAAGCUCUGGGCCGAUGCUUCGGGGAUGUCGUUAUCGAUCCGACUUCUGUGUAUGAGGAGAACACUGGAGCAAAGAUAAACCGCUACAAUUAUACGUUUGUCAAAAGACAAGCGUCUCCUGGUUUCUCAUUUGCUGAAUCUCAAAUAUCUGUCGGUGAACCGAUUGUAAUUUCGGAUGAAAAUGGCCAUUUUGCUCUCGCCAACGGAUACGUGGUGCAUACUAGUUCGUCACACAUCAAGGUCGGCGUGGACCGAAAACUUCACAAUGCACGAUCAAAGUCCGCUGGCUUCGAUGCAGUCACAAAUCAGUCUUUCAAGGGAAUCAUGGAAAUCGGGAAAGCAGAGCCUGCUGCUCUGGAAGACCCAGGUGAACAGCUCGUUUACCGGAUCGACAAAGAUGAGUUUAGCAACGGCAUGGCUAUUGUUCGAAAUAACCUCAUCUGUAUGAUGGAUAAAGACUUGUUCCAAGCGAGGCAGCUUCGACGGCUCAUUGUUGAUGGGGAAACGCCUACCUUCAAGACCACAUCGUCUUCGUACACGAUCUCCGAUUCUGGCAACCUCAACGUUGAUCAAAGACAAGCCAUUAACAAAGUGAUGAGUGCCAAAGACUAUGCUCUUGUCCUUGGAAUGCCUGGGACUGGAAAAACCACAACGAUUGCCCAUAUUAUUAGGGCCCUUGUCGCACAAGGCAAGAGUGUUCUUCUUACAUCUUACACCCAUACUGCAGUGGACAAUAUUCUGCUGAAGAUUCGGGACGACAACAUUCGUGUGUUGCGUAUAGGUGCGACCGCCAAAAUUCAUCCAGAUGUUCAGGAAUUUGCCGAUCUUGCCGCAAUCCCGAAAUCAACCAUUGAAGAACUCAAGGAUUCAUACGAAAUGCCGCAGGUCGUUGCUACUACAUGCCUCGGAGUCAACCAUAAUAUCUUCAACCAACGCAUCUUUGACUAUUGUAUUGUCGAUGAGGCGUCACAGAUCACGCUCCCGGUCUGCCUCGGUCCGAUUCGUAUGGCAAGGACUUUCAUUCUGGUCGGCGAUCACUAUCAAUUGCCGCCGCUUGUGCAGAAUAAAGCCGCCCAGGAAGGAGGACUUGAUGUCAGUCUCUUCAAACUGCUCUCGGAUGCACAACCAAAUUCAGUGGUCAACCUAGAGCACCAGUACCGCAUGUGUGAGGAGAUAAUGUCACUUUCCAACACACUGAUCUACUCGGGCCGUCUCAAAUGCGGUACACCGCAGGUAGCAGCCCGAUCUUUGGUUAUACCCAACAUCAACGCCCUCGCGAAAUUCCAUGUCGAGGACUUCAGCCAUGCUCCGUCACAAUCCCAACCAGAAAUAUGCCCGGGUACCCCCAGCAGCCCCUGCUGGCUCCAAGACCUACUCACACCAUCUGCAAAAACGUGCCUGGUCAACACCGAUCCCAUCGGCCCUGCAGCCCUCGAGAUAGCACAGGGAAAUCGUGUCGUGAAUCACAUGGAAGUUUUCCUCUGCACGCAGCUUGUGGAGUCAUUCAUUGCCUGUGGUAUUCCCGCGCGCAACAUUGGCGUGAUCACUUUUUACCGCAGUCAACUCUCGCUCCUUCGCCAGAGCAUGCGACGUUACACCCCGGAGCUGGAAAUGCACACUACAGACAAGUUCCAAGGCCGCGACAAAGAGGUCAUUAUCCUGAGCUGCGUCCGUAGUAACGCCGAAAACAACGUUGGUGAGCUCCUACGUGACUGGCGUCGUGUCAACGUCGCCUUCACCCGCGCACAAACCAAGCUCCUUGUUGUCGGUAGUAGAUCCACUCUCCGUGAUGGCAACGAGCUCCUCUGCAAAUACGUGCGGCUGGUAGAAAGCAAAGGCUGGGUUUAUAACUUGCCCAAUGGAGCGAUACACAAGCAUUUCUUCCCUUCUUGUGCCACACAGUCGCAGUUCAUGUCUCCGGGUGCCGCCUCGACUCCUGGCUCCGCCAAGGGCAAAGGUAAAGGCAAGAACAACCCACCUCGUUCUUCCCGUGAGCCGUUGAGCCCACUGAGUUCCCGACAAGCAGCACCUGGCCUUCGGAAGCCUUCAAAGACGGGUGCAAAGGUGUUCAACGGCACGAAUGUGGUUGGGAAUCGGCCCAUCUUACGAGACAUAGUGAAUGACCUGAUGGGCUAG